AUGCGUGCCUCUACCUCCGCCCUAUUUUCCUUUGCGACUCUUGCUAGCGCCACUCUCUCGGGUUAUCCCCCUGAGGGCAACAUUGUCCUCACCGUAGGCGCCGGAUCAAGCCUGGAGGGGUACCAUCUGGUUGGACACUACAGCAAUGGAGCAGGUUUCCCCAAAUUUGUGCCCGCAGCCGAUGUUGCCCAGGCACAGCAAUCAGAAUGGUAUCUGAAGGCUCUCGCCCGGGUAACCGUUUGCGGAAGAGUUGGUGACAUUCCACUCGCGAGAAAAGAAACUGACGCUUGUCAUCUUGUAGAGAUCGACGGUACCACUUAUCAGCUUAAUAUAGCAGAUGGUUCAUUCACCGGAGUUUACGAGUUCACCGUCCCACUAGACUACUAUUCCAGUGAUGAUAUCUGGAACCCCACGAAUGAUUCUCCUGCAUUCAACUACUAUGGUGACUCCACCAAAUUCACGCACGCCUGCACCAGAGACGACGGAGACCUCCAGCUUGGCAUUUACGGCACAGACAACCGUCCCUCGAACUGCGAACGGGUCCAGCUGGAGUACCAGCUAGUUGCCUAG